GUCUCCUGCUCCUGCCAAAAAAGACUCCUCCUUCGCCGCUCACCAUCACUUCUAGCCGGGUCAUAGCCCGGCUAACUAAAAAGGAUUGAUCCCGGUGAUCAAGCAAGCUUGCUUCACUCCGACACUGCAGACUGACCUCCAUUCCCAACAUGGCUAGCAUUCGAGCUAUUGGUGUUUUAUCCAGAUUGUCAUCAAGGCGAUAUGCUCCCAUGUCUGGCAGCAUUUUUCGCACCUUCUCAGUAGCUUCAGCCAUGCUUGCCCGAACCCAUGUCAACUAUGAAGUCAAGGGAGAUGUUGCAGUCAUACGGAUCAACGACCCAAACUCCAAGGUUAACACGCUGUCGGUUCAGAUGCAGAAAGAGAUGACAGAGGUCAUGAGUGAAGUUUGGGCCAAUGAUGCGGUUAAAAGUGCCGUCCUCAUCUCCUCAAAGCCUGGAUGUUUCAUCGCAGGAGCUGAUAUUAACAUGAUCCAGGCCUGCAAAACCUCAGAAGAGAUCUCUAAACUUUCUCAGGAAGGACAGAAGAUGUUUGAGCAGAUUGAAAAUUCUCCAAAGCCCAUCGUUGCUGCCAUCAACGGCUCAUGUUUAGGAGGAGGCUUGGAGUUUGCCAUUGCCUGCCAGUACAGAAUUGCAACAAAGAGCAAGAAGACUGUUCUAGGUACCCCUGAAGUGAUGCUGGGCCUUUUACCUGGAGCUGGUGGGACACAGAGGCUACCCAAAAUGGUUGGUCUUCCCAAUGCCUUUGACAUGAUGCUGACAGGCAGGAACAUCAGAGCGGAUAAAGCCAAGAAGAUGGGGCUCGUCCACCAGCUCGUCGACCCUCUAGGACCGGGGCUGAAGAGUCCAGAGGAAAGGACGAUCGAGUAUCUGGAAGAAGUAGCUGUUGAUUGUGCCCGAGGCAUCGUCAACAAUAAGAUUCCUCUCCACAAAGAGAAAGGCUUGAUGCAGAAAAUACAAGACUAUGUGAUGAGCUUCGAGUUGGUACGGAACCAGAUUUACAAAACGGUCCAUGAUAAAGUCAUGAAGCAGAGCAAGGGCCUUUAUCCAGCACCUCUGAAGAUUAUAGAAUGUGUGAAAACUGGGAUUGAACAGGGUCCCGAUGCGGGAUACCUGGCUGAGUCUCAGAGCUUCGGUCAGUUAGGGAAGACCCCUGAGUCUGCAGCUCUGAUCGGUCUCUAUCACGGCCAAGUAGCGUGCAAGAAGAAUCGCUUUGGAACUCCUGAAAGAGAAGUGAAAACUCUGGCCAUCCUGGGAGCGGGGCUGAUGGGAGCAGGUAUCGCCCAGGUGACCGUGGACAAAGGCGUGCACACGAUCCUAAAGGACACGACGGUGGAAGGGCUGGCCAGAGGAGAGCAGCAGAUUUUCAAAGGGCUCAACGAUAAGACCAAGAAGAGGAGCAUCACGUCGUUUGAGCGAGACUCCAUCCUGUCCAACCUGACCGGCCAGCUGGAUUACCGGGGCUUUGAAAAGGCUGACAUGGUCAUCGAGGCCGUGUUUGAAGACAUUAGCAUCAAACACGCCGUGCUGAAGGAGGUGGAAGCGGUGGUGUCCCCCCACUGCAUAUUCGCCAGCAACACGUCCGCUCUGCCCAUCAAGGACAUCGCUGCUGCCAGCAGAAGACCAGACAAGGUGAUUGGAAUGCACUACUUCUCUCCAGUGGACAAGAUGCAGCUUCUGGAGAUCAUAACCACUGAUAAGACAUCAAAGGACACCACGGCAUCCGCCGUGGCGGUCGGCUUGAAGCAGGGCAAAGUCAUCAUCGUUGUCGGGGAUGGACCUGGAUUCUAUACAACUAGGUGUCUAGCCCCCAUGUUGGCUGAAGCUGUUCGGGUUCUUCAGGAAGGAGUCGACCCCAAGAAGCUGGACACACUCACCACAAGCUUUGGCUUCCCCGUAGGCGCGGCGACGCUGGCCGAUGAGGUCGGUAUUGAUGUCGCGGCGCACGUGGCCGAAGACCUCGGCAAAGCCUUCGGCUCCAGAUUUGGUGGCGGAAACGUGGAGGUUCUGAAGACCAUGGUGAAUCAGGGCUUUAAAGGCCGUAAAUCAGGAAAGGGUUGCUACGUCUACCAGCCAGGACGCAAAGCCAAAGACGUCAACCCAGAGAUUGGAGACAUUCUGGAGAAGUUUAGGAUGACACCGAAUCCCGCUGUGUCGUCGGACUCGGAUGUGCAGUACAGGCUCGUUUCUCGAUUCGUCAACGAGGCCGUUCUGUGUUUGCAAGAGGGCAUCCUGAACAGCCCGCUGGAAGGAGACAUUGGAGCAGUGUUUGGGCUGGGGUUCCCGCCCUGCCUCGGCGGGCCUUUCCGCUUCGUGGACACCUUUGGCGCCGACAAACUGGUCCAGAAGAUGAAGCAGUUUGAAGCCGUGUACGGGAACCAGUUCACACCCUGCCAGCUCCUACUGGAUCAUUCAAGAGAUUCUAGCAAGAGAUUUCACAAGUGAUGGCGCCGCCCUGCGUGCCAGUAGCUGAGGAUAAACUCCAGACCGCCACUAGAAUGUGCCUGACAUUGGUAUCACAUACGGGACAAACAGGCUGACAGCUUAUUGGUGCACCAAACUCAAAGUGCUGUUUCAUCAACAACUCCUGCAAUAAUUCCCACCUUCAUGACUUCAUGACUGAGCGAGAUGUAGAGUAAAUAAAUAAUUAUUACUGAGGAUCCAGUUUGAGGCAGUGUGAAUGUUUUGCAGAAAAACAUGAGCUCUUUGAGUCGAGUGUCCACUAGAGCCUCUAGAAUGCCUACCUAAUAAACUGGCAGCUGUGUGAAACUAAAAGGUGGUUUUGUUAAAUUUUUACUUAAAUAAUAACUUGAUGUGUAGAUUAAAGGGCGUGGAGGCUGAUACACACACUGCAUCUGUAAAGACAUUUGUGGAAACUUCCAGCUGCCAAUUUCAUUGUUUAAUACUGAUGAAUGUUGAGGUUUGGGUUCAUUAAGUGUCUUUUUGUACAUUAAAGCCUUCCUUGUUUGGAGAUUUAUGUAAAUGUGAAGCUUCAAUAAAAGACUAUUGAAGGAAA